AUGAGCUCACCGAGAGAUGAAAAUCUCGACAGUAUAUACCCACUACUAGAAGAUCUCAGGCGACAUGGCUCAUCUGCUACAAAAGAAAAGCGAGAUUCCAUAAAAGUAACAUUUGAAGCUUUGGAGAGCAGGAUAGGGAGAGAAGGUUGUUCUCCAGAAGACCUUACAGAUGCUAUUGAACUCGCACUCAGUGGUGAUCUGCUGAGCGGAUACAGUAUUAAGUUAUUUACUAUGCUAUACCCCCUUAAUGAAGUUCCAUGCCGUCCUGUCCAGCUUAUAGUAGGUUCCUUAGGCGUGCAGCCUGGUAAACCGGUCGACACACGCGUGCAAGCAGCUGCAUUGAAAUGGCUCAUUAUAGUAAUGGAUUGGUUAGACGAUCAGGCGCGACGGUCGCUCAAUAAUCUCUAUAAUGCUCUCUGGGCUCGACUCUCGGUGGAAUCACUCAGGCCACACCUUCCUCAUUUGAUAGCUUUGCUUACGCGUCGUGAGCAUGUCCGACCAUACAGAGUGUCGGCUGUAUUGACACUCCAAACGCGUUUUCCCUUGGAUCCAUCGCUCCCUGGUCUGAUACAAAAAUUUAGGACGUUCUAUCCAGUUCGCAUCCCACCAGGAAUUGGUCUUGCAGCUGGUAAAAGAUCGUACAGGAUAGAUGAGGAUUGGAAACGAAAAGCCCAAGCAAUUAGAGAUGGUAGAUUAGAGGAGCAUGAACAGCUUGUUGAAGAAGAGAAACAACGCAAAGCAGGCGAGACAGCCUUACCAAUUCGUGAAAGAUUACAAAUUGGUAGAAAGAAACAGAGACUUGCAUAUGAAAUACCUUCCACAACUACGUUUGACAAUCAUUCAAAUGUUAUCACGCUGGCUGAUUGUCCUACUGUCCAAUCUGUUGGUCGUAAUCUCGAUAGACUAACUCUGCCUAUCCAAAAUGCUGCUCUCUUCCAGUCUAAGCAUAUGACAUGGGCAUUCCUUGCGAAUACGACGGAUGAUGCUAUUGAAAGAGUCGAAGAAUGGCUGACAGACUUAUUCGAAACAAUUUUCUUCGAUACGCUUAUAACUCCAGAGAGCUACAGUGCAGGUCAAGAAAUCUUACAACGUGUGAUCGAAUUCUUUCGUUAUACUAAGGAACUACUCCCUAUAAUGGAAGAUAUUCUAUUGUUAGUUAUCAAAUAUUGGGAUAUUGGAUUAUAUCAAAAUGAAAUUUUUGAACUAUUGUCUUUCUUCCCUCCAAGGACAUUCGAGGCUUUUGCAAAGUAUAUUAUAAUGCCACUAGAAACGAAGAGUCUCAGUGCACCAAUUGACUUCCGCAUUCGGUUGGUACAGUGCUACAAUACUAUUAUGAUGCGAUGGUCCGCAUACGAUUGGAGAUCAAUGCGUGCGAGGAGGUCUGGCAUUGGUGAAAUCAUAGCAGAAGUUCCCGAUGAUGUUAACUGGUUGUCUGUCGCUUCACAAUUUGUUGAUUACGUUGAGAAUUACAACACUAAGUUGCUAAUGGAAUAUCCUGAUAACAUAGAAAUUAAGCAUCUAAUACUUGAUUCACUUGAAGCUUCAACUACCUUCGUUGCGAAUGUAUCUGAAUUUAACUUGCGGUUACCAGAUAUAAGCUUGAUUUUUGAGCUUCUACUUGGUGGGGAUGCUGGUAUAACGUCUCGUACAUCAGGUCAAAUUUGCUACUGGAGAGAAGUAAUGACAAUACACAAUGAAUUACAUGCAGAUGGCUAUGUAGGUCCAUAUCCAGCGGACUUCUUGGAUGGCUUUAAUCAUAUGGUUGUCAAUGCUGUUGAAAUGUUAUAUCGUAUGAAAGGUUUCACAGUAUCCGACUAUGGCGAGUGGAUGGGAAUUGAAGAUUACAGUAUUGAAAAAAUAGCACAAGAAGUCGAAAGUGUGCCUUGGAAAAAGUACAAAUUAUCAUUAAGAGCUGUAUGUGAUAUUGCAUUCAGUCCGAAAUUCAUAGCACUCACACAACGAUUUUUAAUUGAAUUGCAAGACGUGAUGGAUAUCCCAAAGAAAGAUAGAUACGUUGGACCACUCACGAAUACCGCUAUAAAAGGUAGUAUUCUCGACAAUCCGAAGUUAAACAUCAGGGCUACCUUCUUGGAUUGGCUUGCUAAGAAAUCAGUAACAGGAUUACCUUUAUUGCUUUUCACAAGUGUUAACAGUCUUCAAUACCUCAGUCAGCAAAGUGGAAUGGGAUCUUCGUUUUACUUGUCACAGUCACAAAGCACGAAAUAUUGAUAAGUAUAUUUUAAGUUCGUUUGAUGUAAUAAAAAUGUAAUACAGU